AUGGGACUGGAGGGAAAUGGCUCUCCGGAUCGACUGAUGUCCUUGUAUAAUGCCCUUGCAUGCACAUGUAGGGAACACGGCAAAUAUUUGAAACCAAUAAGCUUUCCAAAAAGGGAUCAAGACACAGACAUCCUCGGACACUUACCUUGGAUUCACUUUUCAAAAACAACGUUAGUGACACAACAGCUCCCAAAGCAAUUUACUGCAAUUGAACAUCCGAGGGGUCCUGGAAUCGCUACAUGCUGCACCCCAGAAAACAUCACGGGUUUUCUCGGCUCAUCGUAA